AAUUUCUUUUUUAAUAAAUAAAAUUUUAAAAAAGUAAAUCAAAAUCCACAGGUGCAAGCAGCAAUACAACGCAACCUGCGGCCUUCAUAAGUGCCCGCGAAGAUCGGUGCUCUUCCUCUCCAUUUGCUCGCCAACCGCCUCUACGGUUUGCGUCCGGCCUUCAUCUCAUUUGUUGUCCUUUUAGCCAAACACUUCUCGGAACUCUUCCCCUCUCGAAGAAUAUCCUCUUUCCUUCUCACGAUCCGAACUUUGCUACCGUUGUGAUUUGUCACAUUUAAUCUGCAAAUGGCCAAAGUUAACAUGGCAAGAUGCAAGUCUACAUCCCGACAUCAUAAGGUGACCCCAUACUUGUUGCCUUCUUGCUCCCAAAAAGCUGCUAAGAAAGGUGAUUCAAAGAAAAAAUGUGGCAAAGCUGUGGAGAAGAAAGGUUGGGAAGGUGUGACGUGCUCUGUUUGCCUGGAGGUCCCUCACAAUGCUGUGCUCCUCCUUUGUUCCUCUUAUCACAAAGGAUGCCGUCCUUUUAUGUGUGCCACUAGUUGCCGCUUUUCUAAUUGCCUUGAACAAUAUAAAAAGGCCUAUACAAAAGUAACAUCAAUUGAGAGGGUACAGCAAUGGAACAACUUAACAGAUAAUUCAAAUGUGAGUUCUAUAGGCAGCCCAGGCAAUGAAGAGAUGGAAGUGCCAGAGCUUCUAUGCCCACUCUGUCGAGGUCAGGUGAAAGGUUGGACAGUUGUUGAAGCAGCUCGGAGAUAUCUCAAUUUGAAAAAGAGAGCUUGCAUGCAGGAGAAAUGUUCAUUUAUUGGAUCCUACAAGGAGCUCAGGAAGCAUGUCAAGGCAAAGCAUCCACUGGCACGGCCACGAGCUGUGGACCCUGCACUUGAAGAAAAAUGGAAGAAGCUGGAGUGUGAAAGAGAGAGAAGUGAUGUGAUAAGUACGAUUAUGUCAUCAACUCCUGGAGCUGUUGUAUUGGGAGAUUAUGUGAUUGAACCAUUCCAUGGCAUUUAUGAGGAAGAGUAUGAUUCAGAAGACUCUUUUAAUGAGGACUAUAUCCAUAUGGAAUCAUUUGAUCGAGGGCAGAGCAGUGUGCAUUCACGCAAUAGAUAUCGCCACCGUGAUUUGGAUGAGGAUGGUUUUGCCUUUCAUCACGUUCUCCCAUCUCGCAUUGUUUCUGCACCCAGUUUCCGCCCUAUAUUGUUUGCUAGGAGACGAUGGAUGCGAAGAGGAGUUAAUGGUGGUCAGUAAUUCUUAUGGAUGUUUUUGAUAAAAAAAUGGGUUCGCGCACUCUUCUAAAGUCUGGUGCUUUACAUAUGUUUUCUGAUACUUACAUGAUCAGAUGUAUGUAGUAAUUUGGUUUGUUACAGUUGACAAAUUCAGUAGAAUGUAGAAAAACAAGAAAAGAGAGCAUCGUCCUGGGACGUUCUCAUUCUUUUGAGGAGAACCAAAGCCGUUUUGGUCUUUAGUUCCUCAUAGGCGAAUGGACAAAGAAUUUGACCACGCGUGUUGGUCAGUCGAACAGAGAUAGAAUGUUGAGAACAUUCUUGUUAUCUCCUUAGCAUUUUGUAUUCUUGUCUUCUUUCUGAAUGAUUCUCGAUAAUCUUUCUGAUAUAUCUUGUAUCAUGUACAGUUCACAGAAAGAAUUUGGCACUCUGGUGCAAUUGAUCAUGUGUGUCGGUUUCAAACUGACCAAGAAUUAUUAUUUUCUUGAU